AUUUUUUUUUUUUUAAACAGGAAUCGUCUUAAAGCCUCCAGUGAAGUAGAAUCUGUAGACCUCCCAAACUGCCACCUGAUUAAAGGCAUCGAAGCUGGAGCUGAAGAUAUUGACAUCCUUCCCAACGGCCUGGCUUUCCUUAGUGUGGGUCUAAAAUGUCCAGGACUCCACAGUUUUGCGCCAGACAAGCCUGGAGGAAUACUAAUGAUGGAUCUAGAAGACGAAAACCCGAGGGCAUUGGAAUUAAGAAUCAGCCGUGGGUUUAAUUUGGCUUCGUUUAAUCCGCAUGGUAUCAGCACUUUCAUAGACAGUGAUGACACAGUUUAUCUCUUUGUUGUAAACCACCCAGAAUUCAAGAGUACAGUGGAAAUUUUUAAAUUUCAAGAAGAGGAUAAUUCUCUUUUGCAUCUAAAAACGAUCAGACAUGAGCUUCUUCCAAGUGUGAAUGAUAUCAUAGCUGUUGGACCUGCACAUUUCUAUGCCACCAAUGACCACUAUUUCUCUGAUCCUUUCUUAAAGUAUUUGGAAACAUACUUGAACUUACACUGGACAAAUGUUGUUUAUUAUAGUCCAAAUGAAGUUAAAGUGGUAGCAGAAGGAUUUGACUCAGCUAAUGGAAUCACCAUUUCACCUGAUAAAAAGUACAUCUAUGUCGCUGAUAUAUUGGCUCAUGAAAUUCAUGUUUUGGAAAAACAACCUAAUAUGAAUUUAACUCAACUGAAGGUACUCAAGUUGGAUACACUGGUGGAUAAUUUAUCUAUCGAUCCUUCCUCGGGGGACAUCUUGGUGGGCUGUCAUCCUAACGGCCAGAAGCUCUUCAUUUAUGACCCAAACAAUCCUCCUUCCUCACAGGUUCUCCGCAUCCAGAAUAUUCUGUCAGAGAAGCCGACAGUGACUAUAGUUUAUGCCAACAACGGAUCUGUUCUCCAGGGAAGUUCUGUGGCCUCAGUAUACGACAAGAAGCUGCUCAUAGGCACUUUGUACCACAGAGCCCUGUACUGUGAACUUUGAAUUGUACUUUGGGUAUGCAAGUGUGCUAACUUCUCUUAACAAUUAAUGCUCUAUGAAUGGCUAAUUCUGAGGGAAUUUAGCCAGUAAAGUUGAACCAGGAAUGCGUGACUUGUAUAGUUAAUUUUAUUUCAGGAAGGAAAGACCCCUUUGGUCCUUGUAGCACUUUUAGCAUAAAAGGAAAAGGAACCUUUUUUUUCAAAUGCCAAGUAAAGGAGGGAGAAGAAAGCUGAAUACACUUUGCACAAAAUAAGCCUCACCUCCUUGCUCCAACUGCCAGAGCAUGGAUUCCACUGCAUCGGGGUAGAUCCUAUUUCCUUAAAAUGUGAGUGACCUCUGCUCCAUCAGUGUGACCACUGGGACUGUUCGGAACUACUGAUAGAUGACGUGUGUGGAUGUUUUAUACUUACAUCAUUGUUUACUAUUAAAGAGUUGGAGUUAUAUUAAAGACUAACUAAAAUCCUGUAA